CCGUCACACACAAAUCCAACGGCCAGGAAUAAUAUCUGUUCAUUUCUCUCUCCAUCGCUUGCCUCUCCAAGUCUCCAAUCCCUCUGCUGUCCCCAACCAAAUCCAGCGGCGACUGCCGGCGCUUCUCAUCUCAGGCCGACGCCGACGCAACCCGAAGUAAACCGGAGAUGCAGCAGGGCGACGGUACGGAGGCUCAGGUGACAUGGGAUGACCAACAAAACAUCAACCGGUUCGGCCGCCUCAACAACCGCCUCCACGAGCUCGCCGACGAGAUUAGGCUCGCCAAGGAAGCAAAUGAAAACCUUGAAGAUGCUGGGAAUGAGCUCAUUUUGUCUGAUGAAGAUGUGGUGCGUUUCCAGAUUGGAGAAGUAUUUGCCCACAUGCCAAUGGAUGACGUGGAGACUAGGCUGGAGCAGAUGAAAGAGGAGGCAGCUAAGAAGCUGGAGAGGCUGGAGGAAGAGAAGGAAUCCAUCCUUGCCCAGAUGGCUGAACUGAAGAAGAUACUCUACGGCAAGUUUAAGGAUGCCAUCAACUUGGAGGAGGAUUGAAGGUAGAGUACCCGAGGGUCUGUCUUGUAGUGUUGAAUCAUCUGAUGCCCAUUCUACUUCAGGUGCUUUGAUCUUCCUGCUAAGUUGUUUCUCAGGGUGCUGGCUUUUGUAACUAUGAGCGUUCAAGUUCUAGAGGAUCGUUCCCCAAAUCCUCCAUUAUGCAUUGGCAUGGUUGAUGGUUGGACCGAAUUAGGUUAGCUUUGCUUGUGCAGCAGAAACCGCCAGGAAUUUACACAAUGGAUUACUUCAGAAACCAGUGAGGACAACCUGUAUUACAUUUGAAGUUACUGAAUGGUUCGAACCUGCUUGAUUGUAUGAGUUGAAGUGAUUAGGCUAGACAUGAAUUUUCUUCCAUCUGGUUUCAUCAUGGAUUUGGUACAAUAGUAUUGUUGACAUCAUUUGCUA